AUGAAUAGCAGCCCCCCCAUAUUUUCAAACAGCACACCGUACGACAGCGAGAGCAGCCAAUGUCACCCCGGCCACGAGCAACACCCCUUCUACCCGGAAGGAUCCGAGGAGCAAGAGCUUUCGCUCCUGCAACGGAGCGGGUGCAGCCAUAACGGCUCGCCAUUUGUCGAUUCCGCUGCCGAGUCGGAUUCACAACCGCAAUAUACGCUGCAUGAUCCCGGUCCAUUGAUCUUCGGCGCCCCGGAAGCCGAACCAGUUCAGUCGAGUGCAAAGAAGCCUCGCACGGGGCUGGCUCGGUACGGGACAAGAAAGAUUAACCUGGUGAAAGGCACUGUCCUGAGUGUCGAUUAUCCGGUUCCGAGCGCGAUUCGGAAUGCGAUUCAGCCCGAGUAUCGUGAUGCCGAGGACGCUUUCCCAGAAGAGUUUACACACUUGCGAUAUACGGCGGCGACAUGCGACCCCGACGAGUUCACUCUGCACAAGGGAUACAAUCUUCGGCCUGCUAUCUAUAAUCGGCAUACAGAGUUGCUUAUUGCGGUGACCUACUAUAACGAAGACAAGGUCCUGACUUCGCGUACUCUGCACGGAGUAAUGCAGAAUAUUCGGGAUAUUGUCAAAUUGAAAAGAUCCGAGUUUUGGAAUAAGGGUGGCCCAGCGUGGCAGAAGAUUGUUGUCUGUUUAAUCUUCGAUGGCAUUGAGCCCUGCGAUAAGAAUACACUGGAUGUGCUGGCCACAAUCGGCAUCUACCAAGACGGUAUCAUGAAGAAGGAUGUAGACGGUCAAGAGACUGUCGCGCAUGUGUUUGAAUACACAACCCAAUUAUCGGUCACUGCUGCUCAGCAGUUAGUUCGACCUCACGGUAACGAAUCAAGCAACCUUCCGCCGGUACAAUUUAUAUUCUGCCUGAAGCAGAAGAACACCAAAAAGAUCAACUCGCAUCGCUGGCUUCUCAAUGCCUUCAGCCGAAUACUAAAUCCCGAAGUUAUCGUCCUGCUAGAUGCAGGCACAAAACCUGGCCCAAAGUCCUUGCUAUCGCUGUGGGAGGCCUUCUAUAAUGACAAAACACUUGGUGGAGCAUGCGGUGAGAUCCAUGCAAUGCUUGGCUCGGGCUGGCGCAAGGUUAUAAACCCCCUUGUUGCUGCCCUGUACGCGAUGAUGCAUUUCGGGCGUAUUUAUCACAGCGGCCAUAACAUCAUUCGAUUGUUUUUCUUGCAUAUUCAGAUGCUUUAUAAUCUCUGCCAGCUUAUCAUGACCUGGUUUUCUCUCGCGUCAUACUGGCUGACAAGCUCGGUGAUUAUGGACCUGGUCGGCACCCCGAGCAGCCACAACAGGGAAAAAGGCUGGCCUUGGGGUAAUGAAGCAUCCCCGAUAGUCAAUACCUUUGUUAAAUACGGUUAUCUCUGGGUACUGAUGCUCCAGUUCAUCCUAGCACUUGGUAACCGACCGAAAGGGGUUGUCAUCCCCUACACGCUCUCCUUCCUCUACUUCUCACUCGUGCAGCUCUAUGUUCUCGUCCUUUCUUUCUACCUAGUCGUGAAUGUCUUUACUGGCGGUAUGCUUGAUUUCAAUUUCGAUGAUGGUGUCGCCGCCUUCAUAAAGUCCUUCUUCAGCUCCUCUGGCGGUGGUAUCGUGCUCAUUGCGCUAGCAUCAACAUACGGUAUCUACAUCAUUGCGAGUAUUCUAUACCUUGACCCUUGGCACAUCCUAACCAGUUCGUGGGCAUACUUCCUCGGCAUAACGACAGGUGUCAAUGUGCUCAUGGUAUACGCGUUCUGCAAUUGGCACGAUGUCUCCUGGGGCACAAAAGGGUCUGACGAAGCAGAUGGCUUACCGUCUGUAACGAUUAAAAAAGACGACAACAGCAGGAAGAACUUUAUUGAAGAGCUUGACAAACCGCAAGCCGAUAUUGACAGCCAGUUUGAGGUUACUGUGAAACGCGCCUUAGCACCAUGGGCUGAACUCGAAGAGAAUGGUGGUAAAACCUUAGACGACUCAUAUAAGAAUUUUCGAACCGGAUUGGUGUGUUUUUGGGUCUUUAGUAACUUGCUCCUGGCGUUGAUGAUUACCGCCACGGGUGUGGAUAGGAUGUGUUUGACAAAUACAUCGACCACCAGAACGACAGGAUACUUCCAGGCCAUCUUGUGGAUUACAGCAGGCUUGUCACUGUUUCGGUUUACUGGGUCGUUGUACUUCCUCGGGCGAUCGGGAAUUCUCUGUUGUGUGUCCCGGCGCUGA